AUGAAACAAAACUCUGAAAUUCUUUUGUGCAAAUUGCACUAGUUUAUCUAAGAUAAAUGGAAUUGGGUGAAUACAGGAUAUAUUCAUUUUAAUUCAAAAGUUCUUAAUUUGAUUUAAUAAAUUAGAAUGAAAUGCUACUUUUAGAGAAAGACACAAGUAUGGAAGUAUUUGCAGUUUAAGUGAAUUAAUAAUACGAUUUCUUUUUUGAUGGAGGUAAGAGUAUUAUUCAUUUUAUAGAAGAAGGAAUUUAAUUUCAAUUUAAUGAGUACUAUGGACUUAGUUUCUAAAGUAGAGAAGGAGCUUAAAUAGUUUGGAAUAGAAUUCAAAAUAUUUUGAAUGAAGAAGAUGAUGAUGAAUCUAUAGUUUUGACUCCUGUAAAUGAGAAUACUCUUGGAAUUAUCUUAGAAACAAUGAAUAAAUUAGUUUAAAGUGGUACAUAAGCAAAAUAAGUGCUUUCAAAUUAUUUACUUAAUAAAAAAGUAAUAUAAUUUAAAAUGAAUCUAGGAUUAUUUAGAAAUGUUAAAUAGUUUAUUCAAUAAAUUAGAAAAAGAUCACAAUCAAGAAUUAUUAUAAAUUAUGUGUUCAAUAGUUAAGAAUGUAAAUAAUUAUUAUAAUUUAGAUUGUGACUGUUUCUGAACAUGAACUAUUUUAAACAAUAUUGAAUGAUUAAAAUUAUUAAUUUAUCUUUGGUGCUUUAGAAUGUAUAUUAUUAUUAUAUAAUUUAUUAGAUGAUGAAGAAAUGACUAAGAAAAACUUUGUUCCUCAUAGAUAAUUUCUAGAAAAGAAUGUUUCAUUUUUACAAGUUGUCCAAAUCAAGAGUAAAGAGCGAUUGAAAACCAUUCACUUCAUAUAUCGACUGUAGUACUUGCGCGAUUGUAGUUUGGCGUACUACAUCGACGAGUGCCAGUUGAUGUUUAUUAAGAUAGUUUUAACGUAAUAAAAAUCAUGAUAGAUUAUUAAGAGUUGUUAUGUGGACCUCCUUAAAUACAUUGAGAAUUCAAAGGAAUUUCUAGUUGAAUUGAUUGAUCAACUACGAAAUUACAAUUUCUUAGCAUUGAGAUUCCUAAGUGAAAUAUGUUCACUUUUUAAAGAAUUCCAAGAUGUACAUAUAUUCAUACUAUAUAUUAAGCUAAAUAAAGCAUUUAUUUAUUAGAAAUUAGGUGAACAUGGAUUAUAUGAAAUUGUUGAAGAUUAUAUUAUAGAUUCUCUAUAAGAUUUUCAAAAAUAAAAGGCUAAAUUCAAAAAAUUGAAGUUAAAAAUUUAAGUAUUAAUUUAUAUAAUUUAAAAUAGGAUGAUAUUUAUUAAAAAGUACCUACUAUGAUAUUAGAAUUAGUUAUAUCAUGUUUAUAACAUUAUCCUUACAAUUUUAGAUAAUAUAUAAUUAGUGAACAUUAAUAAGUACUAAAAUAUCCUUUAUUUAAUUUAAUUGUUGAUCAAGCAUUUGAGAAUGAAUUAUAUCUAGAAAUAUUAAAACUACUAAUUGAUAACAGUUAAGAUGAUUAAAAUGAAGUUCUAGAUUGCUUUUUAUAAUUAUUUUAUCCAAAAUUAUCUCAAUAGAUAUCUCAUGAAUCUAAGAUUGAAUUGAAAACAUAAUUUGUUGAAAUAUCUUUGGGAUUAUCCAGAAAUUUAAAAACUUCUGUAAAAGAAGUAUUCAUUUUAAAUUAAAUUACUUUGAAGAUAGGAUUUAUCUUACAAGAAAGAAAUAAAAUUUUAUAAACAAAGUGUUUAUAGUUUUUUAAAAUAAUGAUUUUAUAAAGAGAUGAAGAUAUAAAUAAGGAAAUUAUAAUGGCAUUACCAAAUUUGAUAACACCUCUUCUUGUUUAUAAAGGAAUAAGAGAAAAUUUAAUAUAUUCACAGUUAUUGGAAAUAAUUAAGAUUAUAUAUGAAGGAGCAAAUCAAAAUAUAAUUAAAUCUCUAGUAUAACAAUCUUCAAUUAUUUUAGGAAUAAGAAUUAAAGAUAUGGGAAAAACAUUCAAAUUAUUUAAAAGUCCAUGAUAUUAUCAAAAACAUAAAGAACAAUUGUAUGAAGAAUCAAUUCAGUACUUUAAAUUCAGAAACUAAACCAUAAUAAUAAAUAAAUUAUAAUGUAGUUGAUAAUGAAAUAGAUCUAUUUAAAUCUGUUUAAGGUCAUAGUACAAAUUUGCAUAAAUAAUCAUAAAAGAAAUUAGUUGAUUAUGAUGAUGAUGUUGAAAUAAUAUCUAAAAAAACAAAAAUAGAUUGA